CAAGAAACACAUCCUGUGGGACAAGUUGGAACUGCGAGCGAAUCCCUUGGUUUUCAGUAUUUCAGAAUGAAAUGGAGGGAUUUUUGAACGAAUAUCAGAAACAAGAUUACUAGGAUACAGUACAAAGGGUGUGUGGUGAGGCUCUGAUGCGUGGGAGCAGGGUGGCCGGCCCUCCACCCUCAGACGGAGCAUGCUGCCGGGCUGUCCGAGACGGCUCGAGCCACAGGGGCCAUCAGAACCAGCUGCACCGGACAUAGCAGCAGCAGCAGCAGCAGCGGACACAGAGCUGACCGGCGCCUCGGCCUAAGCCUCAGCCUGAGCCGCUCCCAGCAUGCACCAGCUCUUCAGCCUAGUGCUGGGGCAGAGGGACCUGUCCCGCGCCGGAGACCUCUUCUCCCUGGAGGACGCCGAGAUCGAGGACUGUCUCUCGGAGGCCCUGGAGCAGAUCAAGGCCAUCUCCUGCUCUCCGGACUAUCUGACCAAUGACAAUGAUCAGGCGGUGGUGGAAAUAUGUAUCACUCGCAUCACCACGGCGAUCCGAGAGACCCAGUCCAUCGAGCGCCACGGGGCGGCGCUGGUGUCGCUGUGGGAGUCGUGUCUGGAGCACAAUCUGCAGCCACAGGGCAAGGACGAGGACACGCCCCACGCCAAGAUUGCCUCGGACAUCACCAGCUGCAUCCUGCAGAACUAUAACCGGCCUCUGGUGAUGGCGUUGGCGGUUCCAGUGGCAGUGCGGUUCUUGCAGCGGGGGAACCGGGAGCUCUCCAGGAACAUGUCCAGCUACCUGUCUCUGGCUGCUAUUGCCAAAGCAGAACUCUUGGCAGAACACACUGAGGCCAUCACCUGCAGUGUGCUGGACGGGAACCACAUGUUGCUGCGGGUGCUGCCCUCCGUGUACCCACUCCAGCCGCAACCCAUCCACCAGCACAUCGCCCACCUGCUGGCCAUGACACCCCAGCUGGACGCCGCCGGACGCCAGCACCUGCUCCGCCUGCUGCAGAUGGUGGCCGAGGAGCACCCACUGGUGCUGGGCUCCCAGGUGCCGUGUCUGAUGGGCUACCUGACUGACCCGGCUCUGAGCGACACCGUGCUGGCCGUGCUGGUGGACGUGUCUCAGGCCAGCCCCACUUCGCUGACCGCCUUCCUGCCCCGGCUGAGGGGGAUGGGCCAGCAGCAGAGCGCCCUGCUGGGCCACGUGGCCAAGAUCCACGGCGCCGUGGGUUUGACCAGUGAGGACGAGGCGCGGAGCUCGCUGCUCUAUCUGGUGUCUCUGCUGGCCAGCAUGGAGCACAGCGUCCACCACACGCUGCUGCUGGAGAUCCGCCGGCUGACCGACCGCUACGGCGGCCUGCUGGGGGGUGGCGGCAAGGACAUUUACCGCAUGAGCAACAGCUUCACCGCCAUCGCACGCCUGCUGGCCCGACGCCUGGAGGCUGCUGGAGCAUGCAGAAGUGAAGAGGAGGCAGAGGAUCUGUGUAAGCCAUCUGAGGCCGACUCAGGCGGGAGCGUCGGCGAGGAUGACCAGCGGCUGGCGGUCAAGAUCCAGGCCUUCGAGGAGAAGAUGGUGGAGGAGGUCGGAGAGGCCCCAGCGGACGACAGCUCGCCGGCCCCACAGCGUCGCUACAGCCUGGGCCAGGCGGCCCGCGACGAGCGCCGGGAGAUGAGGUUCAACAGGUCUAAGAGUCUGGCCCUGCAUGCAGUGCGCUCAAGGUCCAUCAACUCCGACAACGGUCAGGAGGAUGGAGUGGAGCUGACCUCUGAGGCCCUCCUGGGUGAGGGUCCCCACAGCCCAGACACCCCCGAGGGGGAGCCCCCAUCCUCCACACCCCCGGCCCCCACCUCAGCCACGGAGGUGCUCAUAACGCAGAGCCCCAGUGACCAGGAGCCGUCUGACCCAGGAGAGAGGGCACAGAGAGGCGGUGGCGUGGACAACCCUCAGGACACAGACAGGCUGUGGACGCACAUGAGGGACAACUUGGACACAAUCAAGGCUUUCUGCGCAGAGAUGGUCAAACAGAUCCCAGUACCGGAGCACUGUGUCAUUGAAGACUCAAGCCGGGGCUGCGUAGCGAAGCUGUCCUUCUCCUGCCCACUAAAGGGACACUACUGUCUGUACAGCAAGUCCAGCUUCUCCCUGUGCAGCUGCCAGCCUCACCUCUGGAUCCACAUCAUGCUGCUUGCGCAACAGAGCAAAUCCAGUGAGCCUCUCUCCUGCCAACACGAGGCCGUCCAGAGACUCAAAGCCCUCUGGGAGAGAACCCAGCUCAAGGGCUCUCACAGCUUCAGUCUGGCCAUGACCCAGAGCGUCACCCCACACAAGAAGGACCUGGACAGUCUGCAGAUCCACUUAGAGGACGUUCGCUUCUUUGACCUGUUUGGUUACAGUGAGGAGGAUGGCAGCUGGCUCUGCUUCAUGUGCAACAACCCAGAGAAGGCCACAGUGGUGAACCAAGAUGGCCAGCCACUUAUUGAAGGCAAGCUGAAGGAGAAACAGGUGCGCUGGAAGUUUAUCAAACGCUGGAAAACUCGCUACUUCACCCUGGCCGGUAACCAGCUGCUCUUCCGGAAAGGCAAAUCAAAGGACGAGCUGGACGACAGCACCAUUGAGCUGAGCAAAGUCCAGAGCGUGAAGGUGGUGGCCAAGAAGCGGCGUGACCGCGGCCUGCCCCGCGCCUUCGAGAUCUUCACCGACAGCAAGAGCUACGUGCUGAAGGCCCAGGACGAGAAGCACGCUGAGGAGUGGCUGCAGUGCAUCAACGUGGCCGUGGCCCAGGCCAAGGAGCGCGAGAACCGAGAGGCCACCACCUACCUAUGACCACGGCCGUGUCCACCUGCCGCGCGACGCAGUUCAAUAACCGAAUGUCGUAUCCCCUUGUUGGAUAAUACUGCUGUGAAACACUGAUCUACUGACUCCAGGCAACCUCAGCAAUUCAGAAUAAACUGUCCUUAUCACACACACACGCACACGCACACACACACACACACACACACACACACACACACACACACACACACACACACACACAUACACACACACAACAAAUCUCUGCAGCGACGGUCCUAAUAGAAAAAUGGUGCUAUGUUUAUCCUGAAAUUACACAGUGUUUUCAGCAGGACUCCUCUCCAGCCACAUAUGGUCCUUGGAACCUAAACUGAACUGACUUGAUGACUAAGCACAGGAACCAUCUUAAUCCCAGUGAUCUGUCACAGAUGACAUGGCUAUCAGCUGUGUCCUGCAGUGAGACAAUUAUGGGAUGGGGUUUCAUCUGGAGAUGGGCAUGAAAAAAGUGCCUUCUUUGGCCGUCGGAUGCGAACACAAUACAGAACUGUGUCCUGAGGACAAAUGCGUGGAUUUAGGGGCAUUAACGUCAAUAUUUUUAGCUGUAUGCACAGUAUGCUACAUGUGUUAUUGCACUCACAUAGCUCUGUGUUGUUGUUGGAUAGUGUCUCUCAUCCUUAGACCUCUGGAGCAAUUGGUUCCACUUAUCUCUGCUUUAUGGUCUUGUAUAGGCUUCAGAGAAUCUCUCUCGUGAUUUCAGAGGCUUGAGUUGCUGGCCCAGGCUUCCCAUUGUCCCUGUGUUUGUCAGCCAAGGAAAAGACCAUGUCAGACUUACUCUGUGAUGGGCGACGAAAUUAACUGUCUGGUGAAUAACCUAGAUGACAACUGUGAUGCCUCUAUUCAAUAUGUCUGCUUAUUGUUUCUCUGGAUUAUUUCCAUGGAGCUCAAAUCUUAGCAAUAACAAAAAUGUGCCAAGCAAUUCAAGGCUGACAUUUUCCCUCAUGCCAUUCUUCCUUUUCGUUCUUUUUCCAUGUCACUUUUUGUCUUGUAAAAGGAAAUAAUGAAUCAAAAGGACGUCUGUGAGCUGUAUAGGAAGAUUUCUGAAUACAGCAUAAGCGUUAUGGACUUUCUUUUGAUCAGUAUGUAGCAGGAUCCUUUCCAAAACAUGUGGGUCUUAAAUGGUCCCUUCUGGGUUUUACAUUGAUCACUUGUGUCUUUGUGCAAAGCUCGUCUAAUGCAGUAGAUUGUGUCAUUGACCAAAGAGGCACCUGGAUGUGACUUUGCAGAUGUUGCUCUGGUCCCGUUAACAGCGAGUCAAGAAUGGCCCUACCUUUGUAAGCAGCUCAUGUUCCCUGUGUAUAUUUUGUUUAAGUUGACGCCAUGAUCCAGAAGGACCCUUUAUGUGGCGGAUUGCAUAUACAUCUGACACCCACUCACACCCUGCGUCUGACCCAGUUCCACUGCCAGUAGAACAGAACCUCUCCCAUCCAGAUCCACUAUCCAGUGUUCAAAAGCGCUGACAGCACCACACCAGCUGUUGUUGUACAGCCGACAGCCCUGGGCUGUUCGUUUGACUUCAGCUUGUCAGUGUUACCUUUCCCACAGUGAGACGAGACUGAGUGACAGGACUCCAUGACCCUCUUUGUGCUGGUGCUGGGUCCAGUGCUGCCGUGCUGCCCUCUGAGGGUGUGUUGCAUUCCUCUAAGGACAAUGUAACAGUACAACGCUUCAUGUGUAGAUAUUUGAGCCAAACCUGUGUGUGUGUGUGUUUGUGUGUCUGUGUGCAUUUCUGCGUGUGUUUGUGUAUGUGUUAGAGAGAGAGGGUUAUUCCAAAAGCAUUGAAAGGCAGCUGUGUAAAUAUCUAUCCUGUGUCUGCGUCAUAGUACGCAUGUGCACAUCACGUUUCUCUCCUGUCAUUCAAAUGUGUUUCUUCCUAUAAGUUUAUGAAUGUUUGUACACUGUAAACGGGACUCUAGGGGGGUAUAUUAACAAAUGUUAGUCUUAUACAUUAGUACCAUCAGCAGUUUAUUGUGCUGUCAGAUUAAAUGACGGAACUGUUCACUGUGAAGAAAGAAUAACUUUCACGGCGAAUUGUAUUUUUCUAUUGAAUUAUAUAAAGUAUUCAUAUUCUGUAAAUAGAUUUCAAUAUAGUGCAUUUAUAACCAAACAUAGUAAACAGAAACAUUCCCAGAUGUUUUCAUUUUGAUUAUCACAAGUAUUUAUUUAGGUUAUACACAUAAUAUAAUUACAGUUUUUUAUUAACCUACAAAUAAAUGUAGUCAGAUAUUUAGACAUUCUUGUGUCAUUGUUCACGUUGACUGAAAUCAAGUCAUCAUCUUUAUCUAAUGAACUGAUUGAGGGUGGUAUGUGUUUUUAUUUUUUAUUUCUGAGCCUGCAUCACUAUGAUGAUGUCUGCACAUUGAAUCCAAAAUAAUAAAAGGCAACAUCAUCAGAGGCCUAGACGUCACUUUUCCGUGUUUGCGCUUUGAAAUUAAAAUGUUUGAAAAUA